GCUCGAUACCGAAAGUAGCGCGGGGAAAAUUAUAUAGAAUUUUCUCUAGUUUUCGGGAAAACUAAACUUCAAGGAUUUUUUAUUUAAUUAUUAGUGAAGUGCGACUACAAUUUAUUUUGGUUGGAGGCCUUGAUUUGUCGAGUGUCCGGCUAAAGUCAUUCACCUGUUGAGGCCGCGGUGAAGAGUCCUUAUUACAUCCAGAAUGGCCCCUGAAAUAUUGAAGAACAGUUGACGUGCAGAAAGGAGCAGCAGCACGGCUCUCUAUAACAGGUGCAUGACGUCGAUGAAAAAACUUGCCAUUUUGUCAGCCGUGAGACAGGAUGGGAGAUUGAAUUUCACCAACAUGAACCCCACACCAGGAACACCUCCCGGUCCGGUGCAUGGGGUUAAUGUUAUGUUGGGAGGGGCAAUGAUUAGUGGAAUUCUCCUCGUGCUAUUUGUGAUGUGCUACUGUUGCAAUAAGACAAACAGGAAAGCACAACCUCAUCUGGGCAAUUAUUGGAGAGAUCCAGGUUUGUCUAUGGAGAUAUACACAGUGGAAUCGGCCCAAAAUUGGCUGGUGUCAGAAGACCUGUGCAACGAAAUCCAUCGACCCCCAACGCCCGGCCCACCCCCAGCUUAUGAAGCUGUUGUAGUCCCUGUAAACAGUAAGGAUCAACAGAAUACCAAAGAAGACGAGACUGGCCUACCAAGUUACGAGACUGCAGUGAAACAGUUAAACGGAUUUAAAUCGUAACUGUAAUGACAAAUGUUGGACCAAAACACUAACCUAUAGUUGUAUUUACACCAGUAAAAGUACUGUUAAAGUAAUACCAGCUAUCUAAGAGACUAAUCAAUAUUCAGCUCAGCGGGGUUCUAUUGUUGGAGGUGUGGAAAUCCAUAAACAAGGAUGUACCUGUUUUUGAAAUAAUCCCUUGUUUAUGUAAUUUCACACAUCGAACAACAGCAUCCCGCUGAUCUAAAUAUUAAUGAGCCGCUUAGAUACCUGGUACAUGUAUACUACGAAAGGAUGACUAACAAAUUGUGUUGCAUUGUCUUGUAUUAUGCCACGUUUCGUAAAAUUAAUUCAUUAAUUUUUUUACAUAUUUUGAUUUUCAUCAAUGUAUACCUUUUAUACCCUAUAAAACGAAAGGCGGACCUGAGCCCUGAUUCUAAUUCAAAUUUCGACUCAAAACAAGCCGCAAUCAAUAUGGCGACGUUGAAAUGCGACUGCGCGAUACUUGUGGAUUUUAGUUGAACUAACGAAAGGAUGUCAUUAAAUAGCGACUUAUCGAAAUUAAUUGCGACUCCAAAAAAGUUGUUGAUAUUAUAAUUUCGAGUCGAAAUUAUUGUGACAAGGACAUGAAUGAAUGGCCGAAAGCGAGGUUAGGUUUAGUUUAGGAUAUGUGUUUUCUUUGUUUCUUGCAAAGAAAACUAAACCAAAAGGUAUUAAUAUGGCUGGGUUUGUGGGUUUUAUGAAAAUUUGCUGGUUUUGGAGGAAUUUUUUGUUGAAGGAAAUCGGAAAACAAUAACUUUGUGCAGAACUAAAUUACGGUGAAUUUUUAUAUGACUAUUUUUUUUUAAGGAAAAAUCUUAGGAGUUACAGUGCAGUAAUUAAAAAAAAAGAAGAUUUAGGAGUGCUUAUUUGUUUAUAAAUAAAAUAACACACUUUCUGCGGACUUGUCAUACCUCAUAUUACUAAUAUAUGCAAUCUUAAGAUUCGAUUUUAGCAAUAAAAUAGAUGGUAAAUAACUUUUCCCAAAAAUGGCAUUUUUUCGAUAAUUUUCCCAGACUAUCAACAAAUGUUGCGGUGGUUGCGUAGCCAAUAAAUCCAAUAAAUCGGAGCGCCAACCCAAAUUUUGAGCAGUGUCAAAAUGAUAACGUUAAUAUCUCCAGUUGUAACUAAUAUCGAAAUGAAGAAGAAUCGCUAUAAAUUGCGACCAUCAUGGCGGAGUCGAAAUUAAAUUGCAAUAUCAAAAUUAAUUAGAAUCAGGCCCCUGGUUCAACAGUUCACGGCAUUGGAAGCAGCAGCAAAUAGAAUGGAGCUACAAGUUAACACCAAUAAAACUAAGUAUAUGAAGGUAGCAAAGAAUGAUCAAGUAGAAGAACCUGAAGAUCUAAUGAUUGGAACAUAACAUACAUAUUUUCGAAAGAGCAAGAGAGUUCGUAUAUCUAGGCUCACAUAUCAAGUAAUACAGUAUCUGCAGAUAUUACCAGACGUGUAUAUCUAGCAAAAAAGGCAUAUUAUGGAUUAAAGAAACUUUUAACAUCAAAAACUUAGAUGAUGAUAGGAAUAUACCACCAGAUCGGGGAAGGAAAUAAAGUCAGUAUGAAAAUAUAAAUAUAGGUACACUAAGCAUCAAAAUUAACGCACCACCUUAAAAAUGGGACAUUUUUGAUGUCUCGUAUUUCCUAAACCUGUUGUGCGAUUUUACUGAUUUUUUUAGUAUAUUAUAGAUUUAUUCUUCCAGAAUAUCGAUGUAAUAAUAUUAUUGCUAAAAAGGUAAGUGUCAUUGUAUACCGGGUGUAACAAUGAUAGUGUGUUUUUUCCUCAAAGUUUGGAACACCCUGUGGAAUAUUCUAGCGUAUAUAAAAUAUUGAAAUUAAUACUCAACUGUAGCCUUGGCUUUCUUAACAUUUUGCUUUUUGAUUCAUUCGCUUAUGUGGGAUAAGAAAAAAGUUAGGCACUUUAACAACAAGUGCGACAAACGUUAAGGGAUAAUUCUGCAUGAAGAAAUAAUGACCGUUUGCUUUAUAAACAUAUGUCCACAAAUGCUUCGUUUCCUAGAUACGGGAUGUUGAAUUUUUUUUACAAACUGACGAUUUAUUUAUUACUCUAAAACCGGUUAAGAUAUGCAAAUGAAAUUUGUUAGGUUCUAAGAGGUAGUUAUUGCGCAUUUUUUGACAUACAAAUAAGAAUUUUAUAUUCACUACUGGCGUGCAUACGGGAUGUAUCUAAAAUGUUUAUACCCGUAUGCACGCCAAUGAUGAAUAUAAGAUUCUUAAUUGUAUGUCAAAAAUGCGCAAUAACUACCUCUUAAAUCCUAUCAAAUUUCGUUUGCAUAUCUCCACCAGUU